AUGACUCUCAUCUCUCUGCUCCUGCUGGCUGCUCUGCUGCCAUACCUGAGCCACUCUGCCAGUGUUAAGGUUGGUAUAAUAAAUGGCACGGAGGCUGAACAGCACUCCAGGCCCUACAUGGUGUCCAUUCAGAAAAAAGGAAAACCCAUCUGUGGUGGUUUUCUUGUGUCUAAAAAGUUCGUCCUAACGGCUGCGCACUGCUGGAAGAAGAAAAAACGACUUACGGCUCUGCUGGGUGCUCAUGAUCGGUCAGACAAGAAAGACGGUUCCAUCCACAUGAAAGUGAAGAAUUACUACCCCCAUCCGAAAUACGACACCAGCACACAUGACAAUGAUAUCAUGCUUCUGAAGCUACGUGGAAAAGCCAAACAGAGCAAAACUGUUAACUGGAUCUCCAUCCCUAAAACAAAUGAGGACAUCAAGGCCAACUCGGUCUGCAGUGUAGCUGGCUGGGGAGGAACAGGAUCCUCUAAACAUGGUAGCAAGCGUCUCGUGGAGAUCAAUAUUACUAUUGUGGACGAAACAGAAUGUAAUAAACUCUGGGAGAACCGUCUGACCCCAAGGACGAUAUGUGCACUUCAUUCUGGAGGAUCGUGCAAGGAAGAUUCUGGAGGUCCUUUGGUGUGUGGGGACACUGCUGUGGGCAUUGCUUCCUUCAGUCAGAAGGACAAGUGUGAUGCACCCACGAAGCCAAAGAUUUUUACCGAAAUAUCAGAAUUUCUGUCCUGGAUCAAGACUGUUAUUGGGAAAGUUUAAUCUGCAUUUGACAAAAAACAAAACAUUCACCACAAUUUCCUCUCAAUAAAAGCAUUUCCAAAGCAUAUUUCUCGAGCAUAUUCUUUGAUGGAAAUGUAUGUGAGAAAUCCUGUGGAAAUUCAUCCUCACAAUUCUGUAUGAUGAAGUGCCUCACGAGGUCAGACAACUUCUUAAACUUACAGUGCUUGACUGCAGUAAAAUGUCAUGGAAAAACAGCAUGCAUCUAAUUAAAAAAAAACCCCAAAAACUUAAACUAAUACAAGUUGCCUGGGGGCCUAAUCUGGAGGGGGUACCCACCCCCCAUUACCUCAUCUCACCUAAACUGUCUUACCGUCACAUGCAACUCAGACUAUACAGAGUUCUAUUAUGGUAGUUACAAUUUUGCCCUUUUUACAUACACUUUGUUUCUUUAGUUAGCCUCGACCUUCUGUGACAAACACCUUUAUUUUUCUUCAUUUUAAUUCAUAACCAUACCAAUUUUCUAAAUUAAUAAUCACUGGCCUUAAGCUAUUGCAUUUGGUUAUACCACUUUCUAUAAGUUUAAGGGGCUAAGCUCUUGAUUACAUCACAUCAAUACAAAUAUCCCACUUUUCCCUUUAUUAUCGAAUAUAUAUGAAAUAUGAAUCUCUCG